AUGAAUAAUCUUUAUUAAUUCGACAGAUCAUUAUUGACAAUAGACAUUCCAGGAGCUUAGCCUAGAAAAAAAUCAAUACAACUCAAUAAAAUGGAGAGUCUAGAUACCAAAUAAUGUAGACAGUUAAAAUUACAGUAACAGUCUGUUAUUAUUAUGCUAACUUUUAGAUUGAAUAUUGCUCAACAGGAUCAACAUUAUGGAAGACGAAGAUAUCAACAUGAUUUUCAUCACUUUUGCAACAGUUUUGUUCCUUAAGGCGAAUACUAUUUUGAUGUCUCUCAAAAAAAACAUUACAAUCUAUAAGAGGGAGAAAUUAAGUAAAUGAGAGCCCUUGAAAACAUCUAUGAUUAACCAAAAUUAUUAACUACAAAUGAUAUCGAUGGAGCUAUGCCAGGAUCACUAUAAAGUAAGGUGGUUAAGAACAUGGAAAAGGCAUAAAAAUUAAGGUUAGAGAGGGAUUCUUAAAGAGCUCUUAACAAUGAAGCACUUUAUUUGAGACCUAUGAUGGAUUGCAGAUUAUAAAUGGAAAAAUAACCGACAAGAACAAAGUCGUUUUCCAUGCAGUAAACACCUUAAAAUCCUCUAAUCGAUAAUCAGAUAAUUGAAAUUAAUAACUUAAAAUAAUUCAACGAAAUGAGAAAAUUGCCAAAGAUUGGAGAGAAUUUACCAAGCAUCUAAAACAGAGUUCAUAAAUACAGUUUUGUGGAAGGAUUUGAUAGAGAAUCAUCAAUCUUAUAGAAAUGUUAGCCUAUGAAAGUUUUUGUAUGA